AUGACAACUAUUCUGGAUGUCCCGGGCACUAACCCCCCAAAUCCCUUUUCCAGGCCAAUCCAAGCCUUUCUAACACCUAGCAACCUUUGCUCGGCGCCAACGCCAGAGGAGACAGCUGCCCAACUUGUCAAAUCUGUGACCUCAUCUUCGGCCCCCGCUCACGCGCUCUGGGAGCUCUGGGACGCCUUUUUCACGGCCGUCGCCACCUCUCCAGCAUCGCAUGACCCUCAUCUUACCCUCAUUGACGCCUUCCACGCGCAGCCACCUACAGAGCUUAACGUGCGCGCAGGAUCCAGCCUCCGCAGAUACAUCGGGGCCGAAGGAAAGCUGCACUGGCAGACACUGCCGCUGUUUAGCGCGCAGUGGCGCGAUGUGCAUGAUACCCUUGAGGCCUGGCGUGACUGGGACGGUGUGCGUUCGGGCGCGGGAGAUAAUUCUACUGUUAGUGCGUUACGUAGCAGCGGCGACGAGUACUUUCUCCACUUCUGCGUCUUCUCGAGUACGCUGCUGAAAGCGACGAAAGGCAAAGGCGAGGUGCAUCAUAUCUGCGUCUUCUAUGCGUGCCGUGACGUGCUAGAGCGUGAGGGACCCCAGCUCCGCCAACCAAAAGCGCAUAGAAUGUCAUCGGAGCAGGUGUGGGCGCUGGAUGUCCGUAUAGCAGCGAUCUGGAUGCGGGAUGGGGGCCAGGUACUAUGGGAGACGGACGGUGAUGAGCUGCGACAGCACUGGGCGGCGGCGUUAGAUGGUCCGACGGAACUGUGGCCAAGAGAGGAUGGGCUGACGCGGGAGCGUUGGCGAUUGUGGCGGGAGAGGCUGCGAGCUCUAAGUACAGAGGGGAUUUUGGACAAAGAAACUAGGGUUGUGAUUACAGAAGCCGCUGAAGUGGUUAGCGGCAUUCUAGAAAACCCGACCUAG